AUGCACAACGGGGUUAUCACAAUCUACAAGGUACAGUGUCGCGUCAGCUCUUACUCUUUCCGUGAAAAUGAAUCCUCCAAAACCGUGAUUAUUACGUGUUCAAUCCACGACUUCCUGAUGGUGCACAACGGCAUUAUCACGUCAGCUCUUACUGUUUCCAUGAGAAUGGAUCCUAACAAACUUCGAGAUCCUUAUUGUCCAAACCGCGAGUUUCUGGUGAUGCACAACGGGGUUACCACCAACUACAAGAUACAGCGAAGCGUCGGCUCUUCCCCACACUCCCCCACUGCCCCACGUUUCCGUACCCCACCUCAUCCCCCAGGCGUUGAAGGGCACCCUCCAAAGGCACAGCUUCACGUUCGAGUCGGAGACGGACGCAGAGACUCCCCCACACCACCUCACACCUCUCCACACUCCUCAAUACCCCUUCACACCCCACUCCACCCCAUCCUCCAGGCGCUGAAGGGCACCCUCCAGAAGCACGGGUUCACGUUUGAGUCGGAGACGGACACCGAGGUGAUCCCGAAGCUCGCGAAAUUCGUGUAUGACAAUCUGCUGCAGUCGGAAGGGGGGCAUGGCGGCGAAGGCAUGGCCAACGGCAUGGCCAAUGGCAUCUCGAGCAAGACAGUCAACGGUUCCACCAACGGGGAGCGAGUGGCAUUCACCCAAGUGGUGAUGGAGGUGAUGCGGCAGCUGGAGGGAGCCUACGCGCUGCUCUUCAAGAGCCCGCACUUCCCCAACCAGCUCGUCGCCUGCAAGCGCGGCAGCCCGCUACUGCUCGGAGUCAAAGUCCCCUCUGACGGCCGGAAAUCCGCGUUUGAUAUAGUGGGCGCGGAGGAGCCUGGAGGGGUGGUGCGAGGAGGAGCGGGGGCGACGGGACCGAGAGAGUUGUUUCUAGCCAGUGAUGCGAGCGCGGUGGUAGAGCAUACGAAGAAAGUGAUGGUUAUAGAGGAUAACGAGGUGGUGCAUAUCAGGGACGGCGUGGUCUCGCUGUUUUCGUUCGAGCCGGAUAAGGCCAAGCGCGGUUUGCCCCCCACGACGGCGCUGCAGCGGGCUCUGUCGACUCUAGAGAUGGAGGUAGAGCAGAUUAUGAAGGGGAGUUAUGACCAUUUCAUGCAGAAGGAGAUUCACGAGCAGCCUGAGUCGCUUACCAUGACGCUGAGAGGCAGGCUGAUUCACGGCAAGGCGGAUUCGCUCUCGCCUACUGCGUCUAAUGCUUGCAGCUCCCUUCCACCCUCCGCCUCCAUAGCAGCCGCAGCAGCAGCUGCUGCUGGUGGUGACGCUACUGCUGCCAUUGCCUCUGCUGGUUCGAAUGGAAGCAGCCCGGUAGCCUCAACAGCAGGAGCAGCAGGAGGGGGGAUUUCCGGCCUGCCGCCCCUCUCGCCUCUCUCCAAACUCUCCCCUGUCAACCGCACAAGCUCCGCCCCUUGGUCUGAGGAGAAAGGGGUGCUUCUGGGAGGCUUAAAAGACCAUCUCCUCACUAUCCGCCGCAGCAGGCGCAUCAUUUUCGUGGGCUGUGGCACCAGUUACCACGCAGCACUCGCUGUGCGUCCUCUGUUGGAAGAGCUCUCCGGGGUGGCGGUUCAACUGGAGCUGGCGAGCGACAUGCUAGACAGAAACGCGCCGGUUUAUAGAGAGGAUACGGCGGUGUUUAUGAGCCAGUCGGGGGAGACGGCGGACACUCUGGCGGCGCUGGAGUAUGCGCGGGCGAGGGGGGCGCUGUGCGUGGGCGUGACGAAUACGGUGGGGAGUGCCAUCGCCCGGCGGACACACUGCGGUGUAUUCAUCAACGCUGGGGCUGAAAUCGGCGUCGCCAGCACCAAGGCAUACACGAGUCAGAUUGCAGUGCUGGUGCUGAUGGCGCUGGCGAUUGGCGAGGACAGCAUCUCCUCGAAAGAGAGAAGAGAGCGGAUUAUAGAUGGUCUCAUCGACCUGCCCAGGAAAGUGCGGCAGGUGCUGAGGCUCGACUCUGAGAUACAACAACUGGCCCGCGAGCUGUCAGGCGAGCAGAGCCUGCUGGUGUUUGGGCGCGGGUACAACUACGCGACGGCGGUGGAGGGGGCGUUGAAGGUGAAGGAGGUGGCGCUGAUGCACAGCGAGGGCAUUCUGGCGGGCGAGAUGAAGCACGGCCCGCUCGCCCUCGUUGAUGCCACUCUGCCUAUCAUCGUUGUUGCCACCCGCGACAGCACCUGCAGCGAGGGCAUUCUGGCCGGCGAGAUGAAGCACGGCCCCCUCGCCCUCGUCGAUGCCACUCUGCCUAUCAUCGUUGUUGCUACUCGGGACAGCAUGUGCAGUGAGCCGUCGUUUAAGAACGAGUGGGUGACGAAGAGCGCGUGUGGCGACGCGAGGGAGAGGAUCCUCGAGGCAGCGAACGAGGUCGACCCGGAUGUGAUUGUACUGGGAAGCCACGGGCAUGGCGCUAUAACGAGGGUUCUAUUGGGGAGCGUCAGCGACCACGUGGCACAUGCUGCCAGCUGUGCGGUCAUGAUCGUCCCAACCCCACACCAAUCAAUUCCAUCCACUGUUGCCUCUGCCAUCCCUGGGAUGGAUGCACUUUCCAAAGUUGUCGACUCGGCUCACUAG